CUUUGAACUUAUCAAGAGACCUCAAUAUUAAUUAAUACUCUUCUCUAUCAUAUUUGUUUAUAUUUGUCGCUUGUGUUAGAGCAUCGGUUAUACCAGUUUUGGGAGUGUUAAAAUGUUGUUUAUAUACUGCAUCUUAAUUGUAAUAACUCCGCUCACAUCAAGCAAACAGUACAGAACGGACUAUGUCUACAACAAAAAGACGGACGCGUUUUACAAAUUACAUAUAGAGAGUCGUGACAGAUGGCGGGCGGCGAAGGUUUGUCAGGCAGAGGGUGCGGAGCUCAUGGACCCUGACUCAGACCUGGAUGUAGCCCAGUUCCACGUGAUGUUCAAGCGAUACCCAGACCUGGGGAACUACGCGUGGGUACAAGAUGAUGGUCAAGCACACGCAGAUGCUGAUGAGAAAAUUUUUGUUAUGGGAGAGACAGAGUCUCCUGAAGCUCCAUGGUACAGGAGAUGUGAUGUGCUGACCAGGGACGGAGAAAUAGAGAAGUACCGGUGUGCCCAUGGAUUGCCCUUUAUAUGCAAGGUUCAGGCCAAGGCAACGUAUUUUGAUGAAACUUGUAAUGUUUAUGGGAAAAACUACCAAUACUUCCAAGAUGUGGACAGUUGUUACAAGGUAUCAGAAAUUGCGUAUACUUGGAAUGAGGCUUACGCCGAAUGUGGUAAAGAGGGGUCUCAUUUAGUGGUUUUGAACUCUGAAGCGGAAGAUCAGAUUGUAUGGAACCUUUUAAAACAGGCGCCUUUCGUACCCGAUGCAAAAGCGCAUUUCUUUUUCUUCGCCGGGUUCAGAGCCAGAAAAUCUAAUGACGAUAAGCCCAGGGUUUUCAGGACUAUUUUCAAUCAAACUUUGGAAGAAGCUGGCUUUGCGCAGUGGUCGGAAAAUGAACCUAACAAUGCGUUGAACAGCGAGGAAUGUGGAUCGAUCUUCAAGAACGACGGCAAACUGAACGACUUGGACUGUUCGCACACCUUUGCGUUCAUAUGUGAAAAAGAAAAACAUUUUAGUAUUCCGUCCAUGUUCUCUGGGAGUGCACUGCUACAGUGUUCCAAUAUGAUAGUAAUUUUAUACGUUUUCUUAGCAUGCACUCUAAAACAAUCAUUCGGUGGUGGUGCAUUCUUCAGAAAAGAUUAUGUGUUCAACAAACAGACAGACGCAUAUUAUAAGUUACAUAUAGAGAGUCGCAACUAUAGAGGCGCUGAAAAAGUAUGUGAAGCAGAAGGUGCUAAACUUAUGCAGAUAGAAUCUGACCAGGACAUAGUUCAGUUCCAUGGGAUGAUAAAAAUGUUCCCGGAUGUUGGGUUAUACGCGUGGGUCGCCACUGAUAAACAGGAGCAUGAGGAGGCGGAAGACCAGAAAGUCAUUGUCAUGGGAGAAGAAGAGGAAUAUCCACAAAGUAGGACAUUAUGCGACAUGGUGGCCCGCAACGGCGAACUGUACGCCUGUCCCUGCUACCGUGGACUUCCAUUUAUAUGCAAGGUCAAGUCGAACGAAGCUUACUAUGAUAGUACUUGCGAUGUUUAUGGUAAACAAUACCAAUACAUGGAGAACACAGGCAGCUGUUACAAAAUUUCUGACAUCGCUUUGACCUGGAACGGAGCCUACGGGGAGUGCCAAGCCGAGGGCUCCCACCUCGUGGUCCUGAACUCUGAGCUGGAGCACCAAGUAGUGUGGAAUCUGACCAGAGACGCCACUACUUCUCCAGAAGCCAAGGUCCAUUGGUUCCUCCUUGCUGGCUUCAGAGCCAAUCACCCAGAUGAUGGGACGCCAAGAGUCUUUAAGACUAUUUUCAACCAGACCCUAGAAGAGGCCGGGUACAGCCAAUGGUCGGAGAACGAGCCUAACAACUCUGAGAACAACGAGUACUGCGGCUCCAUCUUCAAGAAUGACGGCAAACUGAAUGACGUCGACUGCUCUCAUCUCUACAGCUUCGUUUGCGAGAAAGAGAGAAAGGUUAAAACAUAGACUGUUAUAGCGUCUGGGAUAUAAUGGUGGCCACAAGAAUGUAACUGACACCAACGAAGUUGCAUGAAGAGAGUUAGGAAUGUGGUUGAUGAGAAAGAAAUAUGUGUAAUAUAUAAUGCCGUGUGGUUCCCGGCACCAAUACAAAAAAGAAUAGGACCACUCCAUCUCUUUCCUAUGGAUGUCGUAAAAGGCGACUAAGGGAUAGGCUUACAAACUUUGGAUAUUUUUUUAGGCGAUGGGUUAGCAACCUGUCACUAUUUGAAUCUCAAUUCUAUCAUUAAGCCAAAUAGCUGAACGUGGCCAUUCAGUCUUAUCAAGACUGUUGGCUCUGUCUAUCCCGCAAGGGAUAUAGACGUGACCAUAUGUAUGUAUGUAUGUAGAAAGAAAUAUGCAGGGAUCGUGGCAAGUGGAAAGUGUAGUUUCUGGCUCCAAUGGGCGUGUGUGUAUACGAGGAAAUAAUUUACAGUGUAGCUGAUAAUACAAAAAAAAAACCGCGAUGAAUCAAGUUUUUAUUUUUAUAGAAAUAAGAAUUACUUAAUCAACUAACAGAUCAUCUUGUACGCCCGGCAAAAUUUCUCUUCGGCGCAAGUUCUUUUGUAGCCCACCAAUUAUUAUACCAGCACUGGAAAAAUUAAUGUAAAGCU